CAGCAGCUGCAGCAGCUGCAUUUCACGGCUCCUCCGGACGCAGCGCACCGACCUCUCUGUCUCCUGCAGCCGCCGUCGGUCGCGGAGUCUCGGCCAUGGCGUCCAUCGUGUGCCGGGUCCAGUACCUGGAGGACUCGGAUCCGUUCAUCUGCACCAACUUCCCCGAACCCCGCAGACCUCCUCCGGUCAGUCUGGAGGAGAACCAGCCGCUCAGCGAGCAGGUCGCCGGGAUCCACAAGCUGCUGGAGGCGCCUCUGAAGCUGGAGGACUGUACCCUCCAGGUGUCUCCCAGUGGAAACUAUCUGGAUCUGGAUUCUUCUCUGUUGGAGCAACGAGACGAGCUGGAAAGUUUCUACGAAGACGUGGCGAAAGGAAAGAAACCUCUGCUGAUCCUCAGAACUCAGCUGUCUGUCAGAGUCCACCACAUCCUGGAGAAGCUCUAUAACUCUCAUGGUCCAGAGCUCCGUCGCUCUCUGUUCUCCCUCAAGCAGCUGUUUCAGGACGAUAAAGAUCUGGUUCCUGAGUUCGUGGCGUCUGAAGGUUUGACGUGUUUCAUUAAAGUUGGAGCAGAAGCCGAUCACAACUACCAGAACUACAUCCUCAGAGCUCUCAGUCAGAUCAUGCUGUUUGUUGAUGGAAUGAACGGAGUGAUCAACCACAGUGAGACGGUCCAGUGGCUCUACACCCUGACAGGAAGUCUGUCCCGUCUGGUGGUGAAAACGUCUCUGAAGCUUCUCAUCGUGUUCGUGGAGUAUGCAGAGUCCAACAGUCCUCUGUUGAUCAACGCCGUCAACACAGUGGACACGAACAGAGGUGUGAAGCCGUGGACUUCCAUCAUGGAGGUUCUGGAGGAGAAAAAUGGAGCUGACACCGAGCUGCUGAUGUUUGCCAUGACGCUGAUCAACAAGACUCUGGCGGUGCUGCCGGACCAGGACUCCUUCUACGACGUGACGGACAGCCUGGAGCAGCUGGGGAUGGAGGCUGUCAUCAGCAAACACCUGAACAACAAGGGGGCGGAGCCUGACCUGAAGGCACAGUUCACCAUCUAUGAGACAGCUCUCAGGAAUGAGGACGGUGACAUCGAUGACUCCGCCCCUCACCUCCGUAAGGAAAGAAGAAAGAUGGCCGCCGGUGAGCAAGAUGGACGGAAGAGCCGCCGAUCGUCCAAUCAGAGCCUGCCGGACGUCCUGUCCCCCUCCUCCUCCCUGUCCUCCCCUGUCCUCUCCCCCGUCUCCCCGUCCCUGUCCUCCCCCACCACCACCCCCGGCAGCAGGGCGUCAUCUCCACUGACCUCCGAUAGCUCCGCCUCCAGCCCCUCUGGCUCCAGGAGAGGAUCCCCGCUGCCCCCAACAGCCAAUGGCAGCAUGAGCUCAGAGCAGCAGGAAGUGAUCUCACAGAGCCAGGGUCGCUCUUUCCUCAGUCACCACAUGUCAGCUUUGGGUCUCAGCAGGAAGUCCAGACUGUUCUCUAAAACCAGCUCCAUCCAUGAGGAGCCUCAAGCAGCCAGCAGCAGUUCCUCCUCUGAUUCGUCUCAGAUGAACUCGGAUCAUCUCAGCAACAAGACGGAAACUAAAGAACCUAAAACCAGCUUCAACUCAGGGGAGGAAGACCAGGUGUUCUGCCCUGAGGACUGCAGUGUGAAUCUGGACAAACCCGUCCUCAGGAAGUUUCAAGGCACCUUCCUGCGCAGCCUGGCCGCCACUCAGUGGGAGAAGAAGAGGAAGAGUAAACACUUGAGCCAAUCACAGCUGUCCACGGCUGAUGAUGUCAUAUCCCCGAGCCCCCAGCCCACAGAGGAGGAGGGAGGAGGGGCUGAAGCAGCGGGUCAUGGUUCAACAUCCGGCAGUUCAGAUUCUAACGGACUCUCAGACUCCCAGAAUGAAUCAGUGUUUCCGGUGCAGCGUCAGUGCAGCACGCUGUCCAACGACAAGAAGUUCCUGCUGGACAUGCUUUACUCCAAAACACCUGCAGCUCCUCUGAGCCCCACGACCCCAGACACCACCGAAGAAGAAGCAGGAGGAGGAGGAAGCUUCCUACCUGGUGAAGAUCCAACCGGUCGAGUGUCAGAGCGUCUGUCCAGCUUCAGAGCGCGCUCAGUAGAACCCAGUGUUCCCAGUGAGAGCACCGCCUCCCGCAAGGCAGAGCUGGAAGGUCUAGAAGGUUCUGCUCAGGCGGCGCUGGCCCGACUAGCUGAAGAACGUCAGAACUGGAACCUCCGGCAGCAGAGCAGCAUCGAUGCAGAGGCCCACGCCCGGCGUCUGGAGACCACCCAGAUGGUUCCGUUGGGUCCUGGAGGUCCGAGUGACGCCUGGGACCAGCUGCAGCCGAGCGCCGCCGCCCUGCGGAUCAAAGACCUGGACUUCUCCGACCUGCUGGACGAGGAGGACAUCGACGUUCUGGACAUGGACACCUUCGACUCCUCGGCUUCCUGCCUGACCGGCCUCCCCCAGCCUCCACCUGCUCCCCCAGGCAUGGCUCCUCCUCCCCCACCUCCCCCUCCUCCAGGUGGUAUAGCUCCGCCCCCUCCUCCCCCUCCUCCUCCAGGUGGUGUAGCUCCACCCCCUCCUCCUCCAGGUGGUGUCGCUCCGCCCCCUCCUCCCCCUCCUCCCGGUGCUCCUCCCCCUCCUCCCCCCUCAGCGGGGGGUCAGAAGAAGAAGAAGACGGUGAAGCUGUUCUGGAAGGAGCUGAAGCAGGCAGACGGACCCACCAAGUGUCGCUUCGGUCGGGGAACGGUGUGGGCGUCACUGGACAAGGUUACCGUGGAUACGGCCCGCCUAGAACACCUGUUUGAGUCCAAGGCCAAAGAGCUGCCUGUCACCAAGCAGAAAGGUCCUGAGACCAAGAAGUCUGAGAUUCUGGUUCUGGACCCGAAGAGGAGCAACGCCAUCAACAUCGGUAUGACCGUCCUGCCAGCGGUCCACGUCAUCAAGACCGCCAUCCUCAACUUUGAUGAGUUCGCCAUCACCAAGGAGGGAAUCGAGAAGAUCCUGACCAUGACGCCCACUGAGGAGGAGAAGCAGAAGAUCCAGGAGGCCCAGCUGGCCAAUCCAGAUGUUCCUCUGGGCACCGCCGAGCAGUUCCUGCUGAGCCUGGCCUCCAUCAGUGCCCUGACCCCACGACUGCAGCUCUGGGCCUUCAAGCUGAACUACGAGGUUCUGGAGAAGGAAAUCGCUGAGCCGCUGUUCGACCUGAAGCUGGGGAUGGAACAGCUGGCGUCCAAUCAGACCUUCAAGAGGAUCCUCGCUACGCUGCUCGCCAUCGGGAACUUCCUGAACAGCUCCAAUGCUAAAGGCUUUGAGCUGGGCUACCUGGAGAAGGUGGUGGAGGUGAAGGACACGGUCCACCGUCAGUCUCUGCUGCAUCACACCUGCAGCCUGGUGGUGGAAAAUUACCCACAAUCCUCGGACAUCUACUCAGAGAUCCCGGCCAUCACCCGAUCUGCCAAGGUGGACUUUGAGCUGCUGUCGGAGAACCUGGUCCAGCUGGAGCGCCGCUGCAAAGCAUCAUGGGACAACCUGAAGGUGGUGGCGAAGCACGAGACCAAAGCAGUCCUGAAGAACAAGAUGACCGAGUUCCUGAAGGACUGCACCCAGAGGAUCAUCAUCCUGAAGGUGGUGCACCGCAGGGUCAUCAACAGGUUCCACUCGUUCCUGCUGUUUCUUGGCCAGCCGUCCUCCUCUGUCAGAGACAUCAAGGUGACCAGUUUCUGUCGGAUCAUCAGUGAGUUUUCUUUGGAGUAUCGAACCACCAGAGAACGAGUUCUGACCCUGAAACGGAAACGAGCCGCUCACAGAGAGAGAACCAAGACCAGAGGGAAGAUGAUCACUGAGACAGAGAAGUUCUCAGGGGCGGUGCCUCUUCAGGAUGAACCCUCGCCGGUCUCCAUGGCGACGGAAGCGGAGCCUGGUCAGGAGGAACACGAGAACAUGAAGAACCUGCUGAUCAGCGAGAACAUGGACCAGAGAGGCCUGAGGAGAUCCAGAGCCAUCCGCAGUCUGGGCCGGGUCAGUCCAUCUCAGAUGGCAGCAGCCAGAGAAGAUGGGUCGAGUCCUCAGGACGACGCCACCGAUGAGAUCAUGGACCAGCUGGUGAAGUCCGUCACCCAGAACCCGUCUGACCGGACCUCCAGCCCCAAGACUCGCAAACGCUCCCGACUCAACAGGAAGUCAUUGCGACGGACUCUGAAAAGUGGCCUCAGCGUGGACGUGGUUCAGGCUCUGGGACUCAACAAGACCGGAGACAAAGUCUGAUCAGACCGAUUGAUCGCUGGACUGUUGAUCAGAGGCUGAAGCAGAUUCACACGUUUCCACCAGAACCUCCCACUGAUCGUCUACCACAUCUGAUCCAUCCAUCUGCUGCAGACUAAAGCCGUUUACCUCCAUCGGUCUGAGUUCUUGAGUGCUGAAGAACAUCUAAAAACAGAAUGUUUCUUUUAAGCUUCAGGUUUUGGAGAACAAAGUCGGUUCCACAUGAAGCCAGCAGACACAGGAGGACUGAUGCUGAAGCUUCAGAGCUGCUGGAAGCUGCACUUUGGUUCCAUGCUAACAGAUUCCACCUGUUUCUAGUCUUUAUGCUAAGCUAGGCUAGGCUAGGCUAACACCAAACUGUUUCAGCUUUAAAAUGGAGGAGAAACUUUCAUCAGUUAGAAACAAGUGCAUUAAAGGAUUUGGUUUAUUGGUUAUUGAUCAGUGAGAUCUGAAGAUAUUUAACGUCCAGCUGAACUUUUCUGGAUUAGCAGGAUGAAACGUGUUUAAUUCUGAUGUUAAAAGACUUUAAGAAGAGAAUCAAUCAGAAAUCUGCACAUUUGAUCCACAUUUUAAACCCAGGAAACGUUCAGACAUAAAAGUUUGUGUGUGUGUGUGUGUGUGUUACUGUGUGUUAAUGUGUGUCUGUUGUGUUUCUUCUCCUGACUUCAGGUGAAAAACUUCAGAUUCUGGUUUAACUUAAACAUUUUAUAGGAAUAUUAAAUAUUUCAGGCUGAUUGUGUUUCUGGUAAAAUGAAUAAAGAUUGUGAAUAAAGAACGGCA